GCGCAGGAUAUCUCCCAGGAAGCACCUGCCGGGUCUCCACCUGCAGAUCAGCAGGAGCGACCGGCCGCAGAGAGUCAAGAGAGCCGCGGAGAGAGCCGAGGAAGAGGAGAGCUUUAAUACGUUCCGUCCUGAGAGCAGCGAUGGUUUGCGGCGGGUUCGUUUGCACCAAGAACGCACUCAGCGCGCUCAACAUCCUGUAUGUGCUGGUGAGUCUGCUGCUGAUCGGGGUGGCAGCCUGGGGCAAAUGGUUUGGCCUGGUCUCCAGCUUCCAGGUGGUGGCAGGGGUCAUCGGCGUGGGCAUCUUCCUGUUCCUCGUUGCCUUCGUGGGUCUGUGUGGCGCCCUGAAGCACCACCAGGUCCUGCUCUUCUUUUACAUGAUCAUCCUCUUCACAGUGUUUGUGCUGCAGUUUUCGGUGUCCUGCGCGUGUCUGGCUCUCAACAAAGACCAGCAGAACCUGCUGCUGGAGGCUGGAUGGAACAAAUCUGAGGGCACUCAGACGGACGUGGAGAGGACUCUCAACUGCUGCGGCUUCUCUCAAGUGAACGUGAACGGGACGUGUCCUGCUAGCUGCUUUAACAAGCCUUCAUCUUGUGUGACCUGCUCAAACAUCCUCCAGAGUUACGCCGGGCAGGUGCUGCAGUUUGUGGGCGGCAUUGGUCUCUUCUUCAGUUUCACAGAGAUCCUUGGAGUGUGGCUCACCCACAGAUACAGAAACCUCAAAGAUCCUCGAGCUAAUGCCGGAGCCUUUCUGUAACCACGCACACUAAAAUGGUGUUUCUCCUUUGUGCUGCAAACCAAAGUUUUCUCUGUUUGUGAGUUUCAGAGGGAGACUGCAACUUCUGAUGGAGGAUUAAAUGAUGUGUUUAAGGACACCAACCCUGAAACUUUGCUCAUGUUCAAAACGAGUCCAGCCUUUUAAAAGUGUUUGUAUAUGACAGGAAAUAAUGAAAACAUGAUGGAUCUCUUUAAUCAGAUCAGUGGAGGAAGAAAACCCACAGACGUGCCUGUCUUUGGUUCCAGGACCUUCAUACUGUGAGGCAGCAGCAUGACCAUCAUCAUCACAGUGAUUCAGUGUGGUGUAACAGCUGUGUGUGUUAGAAUAGAAUAGAAUACAAUGCCUUUAUUGUCAUUAUACAGGAUGUACAAUGAGAUUG